CUCACCCGUCUCACAAUGCGUCUCCUGGCGUUGUUCGCUCUCUUCCAGGUGCGCAGGGGUGCGGGUAUGUGUGUGCCAGUGCACCCAAUGCUCUCUAUUUGGUUUGUUCGCUCAGGUCUGUUCGUUGUCCAGCGCCUAUGAAGGCGAGGAAAGCGUCCACGAUGCCGUGGAGGCCUCUGCAUCCCUCGACAGCUACAUGGCCAGCGUCAUGGAAAAGGCCAAGGCGGGCAAGGGGUAUUGGAUGAGGAUGGGUGAGCUCCGCGCCAUCAACCCCCAAUGGGUCAGCCCAUUCGUCGAGGUGACCGGGGGGCUGUUCGGCGUCCGCAACACCACGCAGAACGUCAUCAACGACUACAUCAACUACAUCGCCAACGGCACCUUCGACUCGCGAUUCGGCAUCAUGUACUACCACCACCGAGACAUGCUCCCCGAGUGCACCGACGACGCCAGCGUGUGUGUGUACCUGUUCGAGCAGACGGGCGGCGACGGUCACUCGGGGCGCUACAAGGCCUUCCCCGCUGAGCAGUGCAGGGGGUGUUGCGAGUUCUCAGGCAUCGGCGGCCACGAAGCAAUGUCACUUCGGAUACAAGUCAGCCCCACCCUACCGACCGAUGAAUGAAGACACGCCAUACGGCAUUCUCUCUGCGUUGUAUGUCAUGUCUCAGGGUGUGGCCAAUGUGACGCUAUUUGAGCUGCCGGGGUGCGAGCCAAACCGCCUGAAUGAGGGUGCGUGGCAGCUGCCGGAGCCAGCGUAUCGGUGGCACUUUACACAUAGCGACAGGGAGCGCGACGGCAUCUUUUUUGACCUCACCGAAGACACACUGUGUGCGGAGCCGACCCUCGUGGUGAUCGGCCGGACGGGCGGGCAGGUCCACAACCUGUGGCCGCUGCCAGACGACCAGGAAUACGCGUAGGCAUCCAUUUCUCCAUCUGCACGCACAGACACAUACAUGCGCACCAUCGUGUGUUGUGUGUGAUGUCUCAGGCGGCUGUGGCGAGACAUCAACAAUGACCUGAGCGAGGAGAGCCUGGCUGACGUGCUGCAGCCUGAUGCUGUCUUCGAGAGCAGGGUGCUGCCCACACUCAAGGAAUGGUUCCACCCAAUCGUGCCGCUGUCGAAAGUCGGUCUGCACCACACAGACACGCACACACACACACACACCACACGGGACAAAUUGCAUUCCUUCUUCUCUGUCCGUGUGUGUGUGUCAGGAGUACUUCGAGCGCACUCUGAGCAACGUGAUGAAGGACACGACGUCCACCCAGGCCAAGGCUGAGUUCCAGAACUAUGCAUUCGACAGCCAAAACCAGCGCAUCCGCUACUAUGCCAUGCGGUUCCCCAAGUGCACUGUGCCGUGUGACGUCGACUGCCGCCCGGCGAACCUGGGCUUCAGGUCCCUGAGGAUCACUGUGCCUUGAUUGACAGAUAGGUGCUGCCAUGGGGGGCUGGACUACAUAACUACCAUUAUGCUUUAGAUAGAUAUACAGGACAUGUACAGGACAUAACAUAACACAUAACACGCAU